ACUACACGGUGUUUUCAUCACAAUUAUGUUCUCUUCACGUCUAUCACAAUAUGUAACCUUUCUCAAUGGAGAUACAACGCAACGCUGCUUCGUAGAAUUGCACUUAGUGUGUUGAUAAGUUGCAUGUUUGCACUAAAUACACUUCCAACGCCAUUUUUAUUCCGCGUAUUUUACCACGGAUUGCGGUACUUUAUCAAUCUAGUGACUUUAGUGUUGACAGCUGAUGGGAACACGUGGGGAUGAAACAUAAAUAUUGCGUGGAUGAUUGAAAAGAAAUAAUAAAGAACACUGAAAGUAACCGUUAUUAUUUAGUAAGAAAGUUAGUAGAAAAUAAGGAAUAAAAAGAGGAACAAUUUAAAUUAUCAGAAUUGUUUCAAAUAACUUGCUUGAAAGAAUUUACAUGCAUUGUAUCAUCAUUGAAUGGUCAUUGAAUAAUCAUGCAUUGAACGAUAUCAUAAAUCUUAAAAAUUCAUGAAUAAACGAGCUCACAAUGCAGCCUUCUAAGUUUACAUUACCGUGCGAUGCGGAGAGUUUCACACAACUUGACGAGAAAGUGGUGAUUGUCUCAGUAUUUGGCAAGUCCCAGCUCUGCACCAAAGGAUGCAAGACGGAUAUGCUCAGCUCUAUACUCCAGCUAAACCUCCUGGACGAGGCAGAGAUUGAUGAAGAUUCAUGGUGUGACAUCGAGGGAUAUUACAACGCCAAGGAGAAGACAGUUUACUUGCACCUAAGAGGAUUUCUAGACAGCCACACACUCCUAGCUGAGUACGACAAGUUUACGGAGAAGCAAGAGUGUAAGGAUUUCCUCAGCGUAUGGGCGCAUAUGAGGGACAAAUAUGCGAGAGCGCUCCUAGUCCUGUUCCACAUAUCUCACGUGAUUGUACUUACUCAUCCGACUCACACCUUCGAUUACAGCUACGUACAUUUAUUUCGUGCCAUGGACAUAGUCAGACAGAAGAUCUCUCCGCAACUCUCUGAUGUGUUAAGCUCCAUUCACAGCCUACCAAAGGACUGGAUUGCGAACGUCAGACCGUGCUCACCACGAGUACUGUUUUACUUCGAGUCUUGCCCACCAAUCUUUCAGGAUCCAGACGGCAGCGCUAAUAUCAAAAAGCUGGAACACUCCCUCGAGGACCAGAUCUACCAGAUGCUGAGGAAAAAUAGGAUAGUCACCAAUAUCAGCUCGAACUCCCUGUUUGCGAUCCCAGCUAACCAGGAAUUCGUGUACGUGCACACCGGAAGCACAGAAUCGAAGGAUAUGCUGGGUUACAUGGCGAGAAAGUUGAUACAGAGCUGUAAAGUCAGUUCUGGUGGCAUAACGUCGAGAAGUCUUGCCAGCUCAGACUCGAAUGACGUUUUGACGGACGCUGACACUGAAAAUGAGACCCGCUCGUUCAGACUAUUUCUGCAGCAGCACAUAGACUUGGCUUUUGUAAAAGGAUUUGACGAUAAUGUCAGCAGGCAUUCCACGCCCGCUUAUUUCGAGAUACCUACGCUGAAUAUAUUUUGUCAAGUAGCGAACAAAGUAUUCGACUACUUUAUCCACAAUACCGACAAGGAGCUGCAACAACUUCAUAAUCUGCUGGACACCGAUGUGAAAUUCAGUAAGAGCCGUUGCAGCAAGGUGCUGCCAAGGGCUUUGCAAGCGUAUCAGGAGAACUUGCCGCAGCAUUAUACGAGAGCGUAUCACGAGUCGAAGCUAGCGCACGCGAUGGCAGUCUUCGAGAUGCACGCCCGUGGUCCGCUGUUCGAGGAGUUCAGCGAGAAAUUACAGGCGGAAUGCGACAAGCACUGGCGAGCAGGCAGGCAAAUGUGUGAAGUGUUGUCGCUCACUGGUCACCCUUGCACGAAUCCCAUUCACCGAGGUGGCAGCGAAGGUGCGGGCGGGGGCGAGCAAACCGAACCUAGAGACGAUGAUAGUGAGCUGCCUGUCAGAGAACACUGCAGUGGAGUUAGAUACGUGUGCGCUUGCAAUUGCGGUCGAGCCCAAGGCUCACGAGAGGACCCCUUCAAGCUGAGGCAGGCGAACUACGAAUUCUUUCAGCAGUUAACGAAGCAAUGCGGUUGCGGGCAAUUAGAGAGCAUACAGUUCCCCGUAUUUCAACCGAGCACGCAUAACUACAGAGCGGCGCAAUUAUUUUCAGCGACGAAACGCCAAGAUUCCUUCAGUCGCAACGAAUCUUCCACGCCUCAGGGCGACACGCAAGCUUGCAGUUUGGGAGCCGACACUUUGAACGAUUAUGGUAGUGGCAGCCAGUCUCCGGCGACGAGCGAUCCGAUCGAGGAGGACGUCCCGAGAUUGAGCAACAAGACGAGUCUUACGCCGAGCGAUUCGCAUAAAGUCGUCAUAGAAGUCACCGACAGCGACGCGGAGAACACCAGAGAUAAGUCGCUGGUGAGACAGCCAUCAACAACGGAAUAUCUUCCGGGAAUGUUGCAUAACGAGUCGCCGGCUGGACUCUUGCCGCAGUUUUCUAGUUGGUCGCUGGUGUGCCUCGGCCCGAGUAGUUUGUACUCGCAUAACAUAGGGCUGCAGCAUCAGGUCGGGAUGUUACCUACUUCUGCGUUUCUCUUACCGUGGGAUGUAACUGUCAGAUUGGAGCACCAGAAGGAACGGAGUUCAUUGUGGCCGGCAGUAGGCGAUCACGGUGCUCACGGAGGCUACGGUAGCGGCCAGCGGGGCAAGAGCUACCAGAACAUGAACUCGAUUCGCGGUCGCAAGUCGAAGGGCGGCAAGGAGUUCGUGGUAAAGAUAUUCGUCGGCGUGGAGUACGAGUGCCCGCGGGGGCACAGAUUCAUGGCAUCCGCGCCAGAUAAGGUGCUGAAGGCGACUGGAAAUGGGAUUGUGAAAGAUAGCGGGAAUAAGGUGACGUCGAGCACGGUCGACAUGCCGCUUUACUUCGCUUGUCCAUGCCGUCAAACUAAGCAAUUGAUUGCUCAGUUGGUGAGAAUCCACGUGGUGACGCCAAAAGCGCCUGUUCAUGUCACAUUAAAUCCUCGGGUUCAGCCUGGUCCCUCACCUUGCCCGACAUUCGUCACCGGUUGCGAGGAACCGAUCAAACUCUCGCAAAGCGCAUAUUGGGUCUUGAGACUGCCUUAUGUAUACAUGGGCGAGAAAGGACCGUAUUUACCACCGAAGGAACCAGUACCUUCGUCUCAUGGUCGUCUGCUAGCCGGGAUGUAUGGCAUCAGCGAAGUUGUGCCAGAGAAGAAAUGAAUUGUAAUUAAUUUUACCAAUAAUUCUGAUGCGCUGCGGACUACGCCAAGUACAUUAUUAUUAAUUAAUUUAAGGAUAGUAAAACAUAGAAGCCUAUAUAUAUUGGGUCAUUAAGUAUGAAACUUUACAAAUAGAACAUAAACUUUUGCAUUUUUUGGCGCAUG